GUUUCAGCGGGGACACAAGCGCGUAUACCGGGACUAGAAACCCAACACCGCAUGUUUGCCUUUGUUGUUUGUUUCGAUGAUUGCCUGUGGGAUGAUAACUCAUAGAUUGGACAGAUAGCUACAUGGGCCGGACUCGAUCUGGAUCAUACUGAUGGGCAGUUUUCGGACACAGUCAGUGAUAGCCACACAGUCACAUCGGCGAAUCUCCUCACACCCGCAGGUUUAACUGUGCUUUAGACAACUGUCAGCACACCCCCGUGUGAUUGUGUGCUCGUGGUCCGUUCUAAAUCAUUUGGAUAAUUAUAAGUGAAAUAUUUUCCAAAUGGCUGUGUCAAACAAACUGAGUGCAUUUCUUCUCCUGCUCGGUCUUAUUCUACUGGAUCUAGCUGAAGAGACGGUGUGUAUAUUAUGUCGCACAAAGACUAGCACAUCUGGGCUCGCCCACCGUAACAACAUCCAGUGCGCCAACAGCUGCUGCGGCCCGAGCGACGACGAGUACUGCUGUGUCGUCAGUACCUCUGUGAUCCUGGGAUGUGCAGUUGGCGGCGGUUUCAUGGUGGUCAUCACUAUAGGCGUCAUAUGUUACUUCCUGAGUCGAGGACGACAUUGUGCCAGCUGGGGGAGUCACAGCGAAGGGUCCAUAUCCGACAGUGAACCCCUCCCCUCCCGCCACUCCCGCCGUGUGUCGUCCGUGGGAAGUGGCCUGCCGCAGAUUGACCGCCUCUUCCUGGAGUGUUCUGUCCGACGUCCGUCACAACUUAGUCAAGCAUCGCUGCCCUCCAGAAUAUAUCAGAUCCCAGAGCCACAGACCCCUGCCACGUCAGCUGUUAAUGCCCUGGCAAUAGCCACAGUCCCCAAGGUUUAUGGAGGAGACAACAUACAUUGAUAGAGCUGUUCAACACUGCAAUGCGUCCUGAUGGAGUAAACAUCACGGUUUUGCAGAGAAUCAUGAUUCCUCACUGCCUUGUUCAUAACAGAGACAAAAUGGAUUUAUCUCAGUAGUGUCCAUGUUUACAACGAUUGCUGAUAGGAACCAGGAUUUAGUUGCCCUAACAACCCCCUGUCAUCUCGGGUUACGCUCCGGAUUUGCCACGCAGUUACGUCCCUUUGGUAUUAUAUGAUAGUGGAUGGGAAUCACAGAGUCACCUUAAUUGCUCUGUUAGGUUUGUCAGCAUUCUAAUUUUGCCCAUGGGCUGCGACGUCGUGGGCGUCGUAAAGACUUGCAUCCUUGAAGGAUAUCAUCCCUCAUGGCAAACUAUGAUAUCACUGAACAAACUUACAAGGUGAUGUUAUUCGAUGCUCACGUAUCUGUCACUACAUGUGGUAACUCAACAUAUGAUAAAUGAAAUGUUUGGUUUGUUGAUUGACGGUAAACUCAGCAAUGGUCCAGUUACAUGACUGCAUGCGGCUUGUAAAUAGUCCCCUCUUGACCAAACACUCCAAUGAUUAGCAUCACUGCACACAAACAGGCAAAAUUGGGAUUCGAUGACAUGCAACAACCAAGUCCUGAACACCUGAUCCUGUUACUGACUGACUGAGUUUGGUUUUACGCCGCUUUAAGCAAUAUUCCAGCAACAUCA